AUGCCUGCGAGCCUCCUCACGUUGAACGACGAUGUCCUCACCAUCCUCGUAUCCUACCUUGACCCCCCGGAUGCACGUCGGCUCUCGCUGGUAGCCCGAAGGAUACACCUCAUCGCCACCAACCGCGCUCUGCAGUCCGUCACUUUGGCCUGUUUCGGGAAUGUCGUCAAGUUCUGCACGUACAUGCUCAAUCGGAAACGGCAUCGUCUGGUUGCUCUCCGCGAAUUCAGGAUGCAUUGUUUGGUCCCUCCGCUUGAAGAUGCGGGCAAGAGAAGCUGGGCCAGAGAAGUCGUGGUGAAAGUCGAUGUCGUUUCCUCUUUGAGACAUCUGACGGAGAUAGAGCUGCAGGUUGUCGGUCCGUUUGCAUCGAAAUGCUUCAACGAGUUGCAAUCGACGCCUCGCAAGCUUGUGUUCACCUUACCCCGACGGCGAGAGUACCAACAGGCCCUCCACGAUGGCGACAAGCUUCAACUAGACCCAAAACUACGCCUGUCGACCGUGAAAUACCUCGUGGCGACGGAUACACCAAAUGUACCCGAACUAGCGGCGCUCGCGCGGGCCUUCCCUGGUACUCGCAGCCUCGAUAUCAGUCUGAAGGAUCAGAAUUUAGCGCGUGGACAACCUAUCCCAACGGUCGAGUGGCCAACACUCGAGCGCGUUCGCGGCCCCGGCUCCUCCUUCGCCCACUGGAGGAAUUCAACCCGCAUACAUCUGUUCGAGAUGGUCUGCGAGUCUCGGGCCCUUGCAGCGGGAGGCCGCCGAUCAUACGUUACCUCCUACUCUCUCCAGAUGUUCUCGACUCGAACAUCGAUUCUCGCAGCAAUCGCCAAUGUUCACCCGGUCGCACUCGCAAUGCCCCUCGACUCAAGGUCAACACUCGGCUCCAAUUCCUUUUGGACUCGUUUGCUCGAAAGUUCGGGUCGUCUCCGUUAUUUGGCAGUUGCACUCUCCGAUAUACGCUCCUAUGAGACAUGUGGCGAUGACCUCGCCAAGUGGUGGGCCAACGUCCACUUGGCCAUCGCUACUAGCGGUGUCAUUUGUUUGGAGAUCCGCUGUUCCCUACGGCAAGCCGAAGCGGACACCGAAGAGGAUGUGGAGGCAGGCAACAGCAAGACAUCCGUGAACGAAGAUGCCCCUUCCUUCGACAAAUCGAUCUACGACACAUUCUCAGCAUCCGUACGAGAUGCGGCUCCUGCGCUGCAAUACCUUUCUCUGGACAUGAGCCCGCGCGACGACCUGCCCUCGAGAUGUGACUUCCUCGAUCCACAAGAGAGCCGAGAUGUCGGGAUAUCUUCGGACCUGCGCUGGUGGUGUUUUAAGGCUCACCUCGAUCAGUGA